UCUCGAUCCUGAGUGCUGGAUGCGCAUGCGUGUACGCGCAUAAACUCUCUGAUACUCUCUGCGUUGACGUUGCCGAAAGGAACACGGAGAAUUGACGGAGAACGAUAUAAGUGACCCAGUGGCUUGUGGUAUUUGCAGUUGUAAUUUCGGAGUGUCUGUAUUAUUGCUUUGUGCAAUAUACGGAUGCAUAUUGUAGAAUGGCGGAAAGAGGUUUUGAGCUGGAGUUAAAUAAAGAAAAUUCCUCAUUACCGAUUUUCAUCGCAUCAUGAUCGCAAUAAGUAUUAAACAUGUGUUGGAAUUGCUAGCGUCUCCAUAUUUUUGAACAUUUUAUGCGUAAUGGUUGGUUCCCGAAUAUUCAGUCGUCUUCAUAGAAAUACAUUUAUUAUGUAUAUAUUCUGUUUAAAAGAACAUAAUUGGAUGUAAAGAAACACCAAAGCAAACAGUCUGUCGUGGCGGAAUGGUGGCUGUAAACGUGAUGACGCCUACGAUGUUAUAUCAAUUAUAGUUCAUUAUAUUUCCUUCCCAGGGUCCUCUGUUGCUUAAAUUCUUAAAUCUAAAACUUUCAUCAUGUUGCAAGGCGUUCAGUUCAAUCAGCCUCCCCCGGCUAUACCUAACCUUAGUGUCCCACCGCCUAUGGCUCCUCAUCACUUUCAACAACAUAGAUUCCACGCCGAUCGUGGUGGGCAUAGGGGACAUUAUUUCCAACCUUUCCGUCCUUACCCUCGUCCGGGGCCAGGAGGACCCGAUAGUGAAUUUGAUGGAAAGCGGUUAAGGAAAUCUGUUAUGAGAAAAACUGUUGACUACAAUUCUGCAAUUAUUAAGAUGUUGGAGUGUCGUGUAUGGCAAAGGGACUUCAGGGACAGACGUGCACUCCAGCCUGAUGUUUUGUACUAUCCUGAUCUCAUGCCUCCACCAAGCUAUGAAGACAAUCCUAUCAAUUCAGUAACGACUCGUUUUGUGAAGACUGCUACUAAUAAGAUGAGGUGUCCUAUUUUCUGUAUGGCAUGGACACCUGAAGGGCGACGCCUUGUUACAGGUGCUUCAAGUGGUGAAUUUACAUUAUGGAAUGGUUUAACUUUCAACUUUGAAACAAUUCUACAGGCUCAUGACAGCCCUGUCAGGACAAUGGUUUGGUCUCAUAAUGACGUGUGGAUGGUGACAGGUGAUCAUGCAGGCUACGUCAAGUACUGGCAAAGCAACAUGAAUAACGUGAAGAUGUUCCAGGCACACAAGGAAGCCAUUCGGGGCCUCAGCUUCAGCCCCACUGACCACAAGUUUGUGACAUGUUCGGAUGAUGGCACUCUGAGAAUUUGGGACUUUCUUCGCUGCCAUGAAGAACGAAUAUUGCGAGGUCAUGGAGCAGAUGUUAAAUGUGUUCAUUGGCAUCCACAGAAAGGAUUGAUUGUAUCUGGAAGUAAAGAUAAUCAACAGCCUGUUAAAUUAUGGGAUCCCAAAACAGGGCAGUCACUUGCAACUCUGCAUGCUCAUAAGAGUACAGUGAUGGACAUCAAAUGGAAUAACAAUGGCAACUGGUUAGUGACUGCAUCGCGAGACCAUCUUUUAAAGUUGUUUGAUCUGCGUAAUUUGUCUCAAGAAGUUCAAACUUUUCGAGGACAUAAAAAAGAAGCAAGUAGUGUGGCUUGGCAUCCAUAUCAUGAAGGUUUAUUUUGCAGUGGAGGUUCUGAUGGAGCAAUCCUUUUCUGGCAUGUUGGGGCUGAUAAGGAAGUUGGCGGCAUUGAACAAGCGCAUGACAGUAUAGUAUGGACCUUAGCUUGGCAUCCAUUGGGACAUAUUCUCUGUUCCGGUUCUAAUGACCAUACUAGUAAAUUUUGGACACGUAACAGACCAGGAGAUCUUAUGCGUGACAAGUAUAAUCUCAAUACAUUACCAGGAGGUUUACCCGGCAUUGAUGAUCAAGACAUAGAUGAACCUGCUGUAAUUCCUGGCAUGGGUCCUGAUGAUAAAGUAGAAGUAGCUGCUACACCAGCUAUAGCACAAAUUCCAGGACUGGACUUUGAGGGAGUUGAAGAUCGGCAUAAGCCUUUUCACAAGAAGGUUCCUUAUUCAAAACCUAUUCCUCGAAAUUUUCAAGCUCAGUGGAAUGAAACAGGUCGUGCAAAUCAUGAAGAUGGAAGAGAUGAUGACAGUGAUGAUGAUGAAUCGUGGCGAACUCGACGGCAAGCCUUCAUUAAGGAUCCAAUUACAGAAGUCAUCACUCAGCUUAUUGAAACAAAUCCUCCUCCUGGAGUUCUCCCAUUGAGUCAAUUGCAACCUCAGGCUAUUAUUGUAUAUGGCAAACUUCUGCCUGUUGAAGGUAAUCCAGUAUUGGCACAAGCUAUAACCGAUGGUCCUGAAGCUUUACAGCGUUUAAUUAAUUCAGGAGAAAUUGAGGAGCUGCAUGAUGUCAUGCCUCACAUUGAUGAUGAAGAAUACGAGUACAAAGAUGAUGAUAUGGAUCUUGAAACUAUGUCGGACAUUGAACUACCAGCACCUCUUCCCUCUUCUGUUUUUGCAAAGAAAAAUCCUGCUGGUGGCUCUACUCCAAAUUCUGGAAAUGGUGGAAGCUCAAGCACAAAUAAUGCUAGUGUGGGAAAUUCUGUAGAACGUCAGCGUAAGUCACGUUUUAGCGAUUUACAUGAUACUCCUCCCAUACAAAAUGAUAACCCACAGUACACUUCUGGAAAUGUUGCCCCAGGAUCUACAGGCCUUGAGGACAAAGACAUGCGAAUGCUUCAAAUUCGAGGACCUUUGUUUCCUACACCUGGAGGACCAUCAGAUCAAGAUAUGAGAUUUGGUCAUGGUGAUAUGGACCUUAGACAACAUGCUCAUCCUACCAUGCCUCCUUCUGACCAAGAUUUCCGUCAUUUAUCAGCAGAUAGUGAUAUGCGGCCAAUGAGCGGUGGCCGUCUUCCUAUGGAUGAAGACAUGAGACUAACUGUGGAUCAAGAUCUGCGUGGAGCUCCAAUGUCACAACCAUUACUACCUCGUCCAAAUCAGGGAUCUCCUCUUGGUAGAUCACGAGAUAUAGAUUCUCGAAAUCCACACUAUGAAAUGAGUGGACAGUUUCAAGGUGGACAUCGCAAUUUGCCUUUACUGGAUCAUGAAGGUGGUUGGAAUGGUCCGAGAAAACGGCGGUGGGGCGAGACAAAUCAGGAAGAAGAGGGAAUGCAACUUGGAAACAGUUCUGGCCAAGGAAGUGCAACACCUUACAAUCGUGGUGGAUUUGGAAGUAGUAGAGGGAAUUAUUUACCUGGUCGAGGAAGUAGCCCUGGUGGAACAUUUGGCCCGGGUAGGGGAAGUCCUGGCAGUAAUUUUGGUCCGGGCCGAAUGGGUAGUCCUAACAGGAACUUUGGGCCUGAUAGAAUAAAUUAUGGAUCUGGUGAUGCCAGGGGUGCUGGCAGUGAGAAUACUUUUGGACCUCGAGGAGGAAAUGAGAAUUAUGGUCCUACAGAUGAUGUAGAAAGCUUACGCGGUGGCAAUUUUGGAAUGGGAGGUAUGAGAGGUGGUAACUUUGGACCAGGUAUGGGGGAUGAUAGAGGAGACAAUUAUGGCUCAGAAGAAGAAAUAGAUAAUGAAGAUCUUGAAUCUGGGAGAGGAAAUGGAGAUUGGGGUAACUCUUAUUCUCACCAAGGACAAGGAGGAAUGUACCAAGGUCAUCAUCCAGAUUCUAGUUUCAGGGGUCGUGGAGGGCGAGGAGUGUUUCACAGAGGAGGAAGAAUGGGCAGUUUCGAUAAUCAUAGAGGUGUGAUGAGAGGAGGACCACGAGGUAGAUAUGGUGGUGGCAGAAGUCGUGGUGGUCGAGGACAAAAACGAAGUAAAGAACGUGGAAAAUUUUGAUUGCCAGAACAUUGUGUGAAGUGUGGCAAUGAAAACUUUACUGAGAGAGAAGUUGAUUAGUUUUUAAGUUUAGUGAAUAUCACAAUAAAAAAAAUGAAGUAACAUGAAAUGAAAAUUUAUGUUGGUAAUUUAUAUAGACUGUUGAAGUUGAAUGUCUUCAAGAAGGUCAAAAGCUCUUCCCCAAUUGUGUUUAUUUUUUCUACAUUUUCCAGUUUUUUCCUGCAAUGAAAAUAUUCUCCUAUUUUAUUUGAGAUUUGCUCAUUCUACUCCUUUUGAAUUUUCCUUAAGAUUUAUUUGUAAGAGAUUACAAAAAUACGAAACAGGCUAAUGUUUUAACAAGACUAAGAAAUUCAAAUGCUUUUCUGUAGUUUUUACUGUCACUUAAUCUAUUGUAUAUGAGUUACUUCGUAUGGUCAGUGGAGUGCGCUGUUAAGAGUUCAUAUAUUCAAACAAUACAUACAAAUGUGCAUGGGUGGGUAUGUAUGUGUGAUAUGUGUAUGAUAUAUAUACAUACAUACUCAUACAUACACAUGAAUGCAUGUGUCAUGUACAUACUAUACAUACAUAGAUACUGUCAUAGACACCAACACAUUAUUAUUCAAUCGUACUUGGUAUUGCCUUGAGUAAAUCGAAAAAUAUCACACAUCUUCAUGUGUUGGGUAUAUAUCAAGAAUGGUAAACUGAAAUUUUGCAUCAAAAUGUUAACAAAGGAAAGGUGAAUGUAUUUUUGAGCAUAUUCAUCUAUUCAGAAAUGGUGAGAUUUUGUUUAAUGUGAUGUGUUUGUGGAGUGAAUGGAAGAAUAAAUAAUGGAUGAGUAAAUGAAAAGAAUGAAUUAAUGUACCUAUGCAUGUAUGUGUGUGUCGGCUACUAUCUGCAUUUUCAGAAAUGGUUAAUAAAGAAAGAUGGGAUUUUUGGAAUUGGUAUUGCUUGAUUCAUGAAGAGUUUUGUUAUUUUUCUCUAAUUAUAUGUACAUAGUAUAUAUAUAAAAUACUGUGAUAUAUAAACGUGGUAAUAUGUAAAGUUCAAAUGCGUUUCAUUCUUUUACAAAAGGUUUAUGAAAGUAACGUCAUAAAUGAUUUUUGUAUUGUGUGUAGAGGCUUAUAAAAUUAAGUCUUUAUUAAUUCAAUUGUAAUAAAUUGCACAUAAUCAGAAGAUAAUACUGAUAAACUUGUGGACAUUUUCUUUGGUGAAUGUUUUUUAUUGACUUCAAUCAGUUCUUCCAAACGUAAAUGCCCUGCUUAUGUGCAAUUCUUGCAUAUGAAUAGCUUCAAUCAUUGGUUUAACAGAGAAUUGAACAAUAUUAUCAUUGCUUGCUUUUCUGUUCGGAUGGGACUCCAUUUCAAUCCUCUGGUCUGCUUUGUAGGCCAUGACGUUUUAGAGUGUAAGAUUAUUGUUUAAAAAAGUUUUGCAGAAAUAAAAUUGUAAAACCUGUUUUUAUGUAUUGAAAACAUGUAAGGGUGAUUUGAGUACAUCAGACAUUUGUGCAAAAAUUAUUAUUCCUGUUGCAUUUUUCUAAUUUUUAAUUGCAUAUUGAAAUAUUGUUCAGGAAAUCUUUGCUGUUACCAACUUGACAGUUAAGUUGGCCUUCUAAAAAUGUUGAACAAUAUUGUGCACACAUUUUCUUUUUCAUUUCCCCUUCCCCUAAAUAUUUUACGAAACUUUGGUAGAUGACAAAAUGUAGUUUUGGAAUAUUUUGUUGUUAACUUUAUUAAUUUGUAAGUUACACUUUCUGCUGAAUUACCAUCAGCAAGCACGUUUGGCAGGACAAAUAAAAUAUCAUUUCUGUUAUGUAUUCAGUAUUAAGGAAUGCAAAUUGGAGUCAUACUACCCAG